CUUUGAUCUGUCUUUGUCCAAAUUCCUUCUUCUAGCAGAUGAAAAAAGUUUCUUUAUCCUGCUUUGAGAACAAACAGUGCAAUGGCGUUAUUCCCAGUGAUCCUGUUGCUGGUUACUGCUCUUCUGCUUCCAUCUUUCCCUGUAAAAGGGGAUGAGAAACAAGUGUUUGCUGCUUUAUCAACCACCAUACCACGAGUCCAAAGGGAGAUUGUAAAUAAACACAAUGAACUAAGGAGAGCAGUCUCUCCAAGUGCCAGUGACAUGCUAAAGAUGGAAUGGAGCAGUGCAGCUGCAAGGAAGGCCCAAGUCUGGGCAGACCAGUGCAAGUACCGUCACAGUAGGAAUGAAGACCGAAAGCUCGAUGUAAGCUGUGGUGAGAACCUCUUCAUGUCGAGUGCUCCCUAUUCAUGGUCAUCUGCAAUCCAACUGUGGUAUGAUGAGGAGGAAAAUUUUAUUUUCAAUGUAGGACCAAAGACACCCAGUGCAGUAAUUGGACACUAUACUCAGGUUGUUUGGUAUUCCUCUUCCCGUGUGGGAUGUGGAAUUGCCCACUGUCCUAGGAACCCUGUGUUAAAAUACUACAUGGUUUGCCAGUACUGUCCUGCUGGUAAUUAUGUGGCAAGACGAUAUGCCCCUUACAAGCAAGGAGCCCCUUGUGCCAGUUGCCCUGGCCACUGUGAGGACGGACUGUGCACCAAUGGUUGUGAUUACCAAGAUGAAUAUUCCAACUGUAAGAAUUUGAAAAAAUCAAAAAGUUGUAAUCAUCCUUUGGUCAAGAACCAUUGCAAGGCUUCCUGCAAUUGUGAAAACAAAAUUUAUUAACUGCCAGUGCAUGUGAGCGGGGCUGCGUGGGGAAAGGCCACAUCACCUACCUAGAUUUGGCUUAUACUACUGGGAAAUUUAUACAUGUAGAAGCUAUGUAUCUAAUUCCAAACAAUAAGAAUUUUUUUUCUGGAUCUGCUUACUAUUUUACAGAAAUCACUUUCAUACAAAGGUUUAAAAGGUAAAAAAUAAUUAUUGUAACAACUGAAUUUUGAGAUUUUCGUGAUUUAAAUUAAAUGAAUUCAAUAAAGUUGAUGAUUCUAAAACCUUCAUUUUCGAGUGACUAAAGGCACUAAAGCACUGGACUAAAAUUGAGAAUCUUGUUACCAGAACACAAUGGUACUAAAAUACAAAAGGUUAUGUUAUCGUUCUCACAUGGACCUUUUUGUGGUAGCUCCACCUAGAUAAGCAUCUCUAUUGAGGCAUUUGAAUGUGCUGUCUUUACUUUCUCUUUACCACACACUUUCUUCCCAUUCAUCUGAAUUUUAAUCUUGUAAUUAACUGCAACUGUUAUUCCCAACUUAACGUUGACUUUCAUUCAAAAUCAAUGAAUACUAAUUCACCUGCAUAGAC